UCACGCAAGCGCCGUGAGCAAAUGUCAGGAGCACGGAGUACCUGUCAGGCUGUCAGCAAGCAGUGCCUUAUAAUUUCAAAAAGGAAGUCCUCCAGAAUAACCCAACAGUCUAGGGUCCUAAAUCGAAAACCUCUGACCCAGGAGGCCAGGAUUCCAAGGCCUCCUGAACCCCACCCCCGAAAUUUUUUCCACUUCCCUCGUCCUCCAUUCGAUCCUUCCGAGUCCGCCGCUUCUCCUCGCUUCCUCCGCCGCCUUCCAUGGCGACCGCCGCCGCCGCCACCACUUCCUCAUCCGCCUCCACCACCACCUCCUCCCAGAACCCCAACCCCCUCAACCUCAACAUCAACCUGCCCCCAUGGCUGCGCGGGCUGCGCUGCCCCUUCACCUUCCCCUGCCCGCCCCCGCCUCCUCCUCCGCCCCCGCCGCCUCCUCCUCCGCAGCCGGAGCCUGUGGUUGCGCGGUCCCGGAGGCUGCCGAGCCUGCGGGUGACCACGGAGUACGACAGCGAGCAGGGCGUGUUCGCGAACAAGGUGUCGUGCAAGCUCCCGGGGGGCCUCGCCAAGCUGCGGCUCUCCUUCCAGAGCGACCCGCAGGGGCAGUGGCAGGGGCAGGGGGGCGGGGAGGAAGGGGACCCGCUGCAGCAGCUCUUCGCCAGGCCGCUGGUGGAGUUCAUCACCAAGCACUUCUCCGUACGCUACGACGUCGAGGAACGCAACGCGCUGCUCAGCGGCGACGCCUCGCUCCCCGGCGGCGCAGUCCGGCUCCGUGCCUCGCACGAUGUCAAGCUGCAACAAGGGGAAAUUUCGGUGAUCACUAGGUUGGGUGACCCAUUGUAUAAACUCGAGCUAUCAUCUUUGGUGCCUUACAGUGGUCUGCCGAGCGCAACAUUCCAUUUUCCUAUUGGUCAAGUUUCAGUGGAAGAGAGUAGAAAUGAAGAGGAGGAGAAACUGUUGUCUGUAAAUGGGAUUGCGAAAUCUGAUUUCUUGGACGGUGUUCUUACUGCUCAGUACGAUAAAAAUAAUCUUAAUCUAAGAUAUUGUUAUAAGGACAGUGAAUUGACUUUGGUUCCAAGUGUCUCGUUGCCUUCCAAUGCAGUAUCCAUAGACUUCAAAACGCGUUUUGGUCCUUCUGAUAAGUUGAGCUAUCAUUACAACUUUGACACUGAUGCCUGGAAUGCUGUCUAUAAGCAUACAGUGGGUAAAAAUUUCAAAGUGAAAGCUGGUUAUGAUUCUGAGGUGCAAGUUGUAUGGACUUCCCUUUGGGUUGGAGAAGAAGAGGGCAAAGUGAAGACUGCGCCAAUGAAAACAAAACUUCAGCUUAUGCUUCAAGUACAUCAGGAUAAUUUCCGAAAUCCUGAUUUCCUCUUUAAUGUGAAGAAACAAUGGGAUCUGUAACCUGGUAAAGCUACCAAUUUAUAUGGGGAUUUAGAAGGCUUCGGCCAACCUUUUGUUGUAGUAGGUCAACAAUGGCACAAUGUCAAACAUUCCAAGAGCUCUUUCUAUUUACUACUUUCAACUAUUGUACAUAGUAUUCAGGUCCAGAAGCAAUCCAAAUUUAAGUAAGUGUACUCAAAAUUAAGGUUAACCGAAGUUUGCGGUGAGCAUUACCUCUUCAUUUAAUGGGAUCAGAGUCUUGACCACAGGGAGAUUGUACUUCAUUCUUUGAUGGCUUAAUUUGUAGAGCUCAGAAGCUGCAGCAGUGGGGCUCUGUUUAGAUUCGGAAUUUGGGAAUUUAUGUAAGAGUUGUGUUAGAUGAUUGUUUCAUACACAACAAAUGUCACAUGAUUCUUACAUUACUCGUAAUGCUAUGUUAAAUUGUCAA